UAAUAACAAUGCCAAGCUCAAUUCUAAAUGUGGCAUCAAUAUUUGGCAAGUGCUAUAAUUUAAUUUCAGUUGUUCAUAUCUUGCCCAGGAGUUCACUGCAUCUGAUUCCUGCCCCAUCAAGCCUUCCUCAUCAUAGCCUAGUGAAUCAUGGGACUUUUGUUAUCAGUUAUAAUUACUUAUGCUGGGGUAAAUGAUGCUAUAGAAUGCAUUAAACAUAUUAUCAGCGGAAUCGUCCCAAAUACGGAUCCUGAUUUUCAAGAUUUAGUUGAACAUUACGCAAGGCUACUUCGAGGUUCCGUUGAGUUUAAUAAUGAAUGUGGAAAUGGCUACCUUGUCGUAGCUAGUGAUGAAAAUGGAACAAUAAAAUCAGCUUCAGUAAAAUUUUACGGCGGAAACCCACAUUCUACUGCUUUAUUGUUUUCUACAAAAAUAUCAAGCUUUGGUGAAGAUUCUUUUGAAGAUAAUUCUCGUGCCAACGGUGACUACAGAAUUGAAAGAUCUACGAAACCAAAAGCAAUAACAUCGGAAUCUUCUGGAUCAUUUAGUGUUGGGAAAAAUAUUUCGAAUUCUAACGAUUCAUACCAGAAUGAACAAUCUGUCAAAAAAGAGCGUCUCUCGUGGGAAUAUAUUCCAAAAGCUCCUUCCCCACAGCCAUUGCCGGAAUUUAGUUUUCAAUCGUACGAAGAUGACAGAAUUGGAGAUAUUGCUUUCAGUGACAAGUUUCUAAGAUCACUAGACGGGAUAAAUCGAAAUGAUCCAAGUUUUAGACGGAAGACAUUUCGUAAGCGAAAAUCAUCAUCUUCAAAUUCAUCCAGAGAUUCACGCGCUUCCCGCGAGGAGGAACUUAAGAUGUUCACGUCUCUCGAAGAAGCUGAAUUCAAAAGCAUGAAUAAUGAGAACAAUUACAGUGGUUUUGGGAGCGCUCCUAACUUAGCGGCACGUUCUUAUUCCAGAAGUCGAUCACGGGAACGCUCUAAUGAGAGAAAAAAUGUCAGUUUCAAUGAUCACGCCACAGCGGAUGAUGAAAGGUUAAAUUUAAGACAGAACAGUGUGCCGCGAUUGGGAUCGUUUGAGGAGAAAGAUGAAGCCAAAGAGAAUGAGGUAAAACAGACGGAAGAUGUUGAUUUCUGGUCUAAUAUUGCAGAAUAGUCUCGCUAAUGUCACAGCAGCACGAACGCUAUCAAGCUUAUGGGCAUGACUGAUUGAAAUUAAAUUAUAUGUACAACUUCCAAA